AUGGCGGCGCUGUUAGAAGACAGGGAGCUGCGGGGAGUCAGACAUCGCUUCCAGCUGCAGGCGGAGGCUCUCCUCCGGGAGACGGGGAGCGGGGAGCCCGGUGUGUACUCGGGAGGGGGCCGGGGGGAGGGGGUUUAAGGGUCGGCUGACACUGAAAAUAAUAAAAAACAAGAAAGCAGCUAUGAGGCAGCACUCAGUGUUACUAACCAGGAAGUGCUGCUGGUCUACAAAGCAUCACACAGACUGGGUAUUACACUCCAGACAGCAAACCCUGUCCUCCUCACUGAACAUUAAUGCUGGAGCUUUAUAAUGGGGUAUAAUUACUGCCUGGGGUUAAUAUAUAGUCAGCAGCCCUCCCAAAACUGAGGAAGGAAUCUGUAUAAACCAGUGAUACUCUGAGGAAGGAAUCUGUAUAAACCAGUGAUACUCUGAGGAAGGAAUCUGUAUAAACCAGUGAUACUCUGAGGAAGGAAUCUGUAUAAACCAGUGAUACUCUGAGGAAGGAAUCUUUAUAAACCAGUGAUACUCUGAGGAAGGCAUCUUUAUAAACCAGUGAUUCUCUGAGGAAGGCAUCUUUAUAAACCAGUGUUAUUCUGAGGAAGGAAUCUUUAUAAACCAGUGACACUCUGAGGAAGGAAUCUUUAUAAACCAGUGACACUCUGAGGAAGGAAUCUUUAUAAACCAGUGAUACUCUGAGGGAGGAAUCUUUAUAAACCAGUGAUACUCUGAGGAAGGAAUCUGUAUAAACCAGUGACACUCUGAGGAAGGAAUCUUUAUAAACCAGUGAUACUCUGAGGAAGGAAUUUUUAUAAACCAGUGAUACUCUGAGGGAGGAAUCUUUAUAAACCAGUGAUACUCUGAGGAAGGAAUCUUUAUAAACCAGUGAUACUCUGAGGAAGGAAUCUUUAUAAACCAGUGAUACUCUGAGGAAGGAAUCUUUAUAAACCAGUGAUACUCUGAGGAAGGAAUCUUUAUAAACCAGUGAUACUCUGAGGAAGGAUUCUUUAUAAACCAGUGAUACUCUGAGGAAGCAGUAUUUAUAAACCAGUGAUACUCUGAGGAAGGAGUCUUUAUAAACCAGUGAUACUCUGAGGAAGGAGUCUUUAUAAACCAGUGAUACUCUGAGGAAGGAGUCUUUAUAAACCAGUGAUACUCUGAGGAAGGAAUCUUUAUAAACCAGUGAUACUCUGAGGAAGGAAUCUUUAUAAACCAGUGAUACUCUGAGGAAGGAGUCUUUAUAAACCAGUGAUACUCUGAGGAAGGAAUCUUUAUAAACCAGUGAUACUCUGAGGAAGGAAUCUUUAUAAACCAGUGAUACUCUGAGGAAGGAAUCUUUAUAAACCAGUGAUACUCUGAGGAAGGAAUCUUUAUAAACCAGUGAUACUCUGAGGAAGGAAUCUUUAUAAACCAGUGAUACUCUGAGGAAGGAAUCUUUAUAAACCAGUGAUACUCUGAGGAAGGAAUCUUUAUAAACCAGUGAUACUCUGAGGAAGGAGUCUUUAUAAACCAGUGAUACUCUGAGGAAGGAGUCUUUAUAAACCAGUGAUACUCUGAGGAAGGAAUCUUUAUAAACCAGUGAUACUCUGAGGAAGGAAUCUUUAUAAACCAGUGAUACUCUGAGGAAGGAAUCUUUAUAAACCAGUGAUACUCUGAGGAAGGAUUCUUUAUAAACCAGUGAUACUCUGAGGAAGCAGUAUUUAUAAACCAGUGAUACUCUGAGGAAGGAGUCUUUAUAAACCAGUGAUACUCUGAGGAAGGAGUCUUUAUAAACCAGUGAUACUCUGAGGAAGGAGUCUUUAUAAACCAGUGAUACUCUGAGGAAGGAAUCUUUAUAAACCAGUGAUACUCUGAGGAAGGAAUCUUUAUAAACCAGUGAUACUCUGAGGAAGGAAUCUUUAUAAACCAGUGAUAUUCUGAGGAAGGAAUCUUUAUAAACCAGUGAGACUCUGAGGAAGGAAUCUUUAUAAACCAGUGAUUCUCUGAGGAAGGAAUCUUUAUAAACCAGUGAUACUCUGAGGAAGGCAUCUUUAUAAACCAGUGUUAUUCUGAGGAAAGUAUCUCCCCCAAACCAGUGUUACUCUGAGAAGGGUAUCUCCCCCAAACCAGUGUUACUCUGAGGAAGGUAUCUCCCCCAAACCAGUGUUACUCUGAGGAAAGUAUCUCCCCCAAACCAGUGUUACUCUGAGGAAGCUAUCUCCCUAAAAACUAGUGAUACUCUUAGGAAGGUAUCUCCCUAAAACUAGUGAUCCUCUCACAAACAGCAGUGCUUACAUUUGUCUGCUUCAGGGCUGUAUCUCGGCACAAAGACCACCACAUUAGAGUAUAUUGAUUUUGGUGUUUAGGUUAUCCCUUAAAACUGCUUCUGUAUUUUCCUAAUUUUUUGUGUUGGGUUUCACAUAUGGCAGCAAUGUUUGCAGGCAACUGAAAACAUAGCUAUUUUUUUUUAUCACUUGUGUCUCUCAAAAGAUUUGUUAAAAGGUUUGCGUCAUUUUGAGAAACCUGCAGAAGCUAUAUGAUAUCACUAUGUAGGUAGAUGCGUUAUAAAUGUAGUAAACAAGUCCGCAGGUCACAGAAAAUAAACAGCUUAUCCUUGAAUAGGGAAGACUCACCUGUGUUUUGGAGCUCCACCAAGAAAGUAAAUGACAUAAACUUGAAAAGACAUAUUCUGGUCUAUCCGCCAUAAUCCCAUCCUAGUAUUAAUGCUGAAUUGUUCAUUUUAUUAUGUCAUUUAAAAACAAUAUCCCCCGAGCAGCAAAAUCAAAUGAUAGUCCAAUGACCAGCAUUUCAGACCAGAAGAUCCCCAUAUUUAAAAAAAAAAUAAAAAAAAAAUAUAUAUAUAUAUAUUUUUUUUUUGUUGCUAUGGUCUUUGUGUUCUGUCCCUUGAUUUUUUUUUUGUCAUGGGGAACUUGUUUUAUAUAUGGAUUUUAAAUAUUGGCUAUGCACGGGUGGGAUUUAUUAGGACAGAUCUAAAGUUUAUUUUCAAGAAUGCAUUAUAAGCCAGUAGUACUUAACACCUGGGUUGAAGGCCCAAAUCUGGGUCCCCAUAUACUUUAAAUGUGUCACAGUGAUUGUAACAUUCACAUGAUAUUAAUCUAGUGAGUCUCAGGCAACUACCCACAAUAAAUUGAUUACUGUUGCAGGCCUGCCUUCCCUUCCCUUCCCCUGUCCUCCUCCUGUUUUGCUCACUUUUCUGUGUGAGUAUGUGUCUAUGGUUUGUCUGUAAGUGUGUGAAUUCAUUUGACUGUGUGUCCAUGGGAGUAUGUUUAUGUGGGGUUAAUACAGCAGGUUUUUUCCUAAUGAGGUAUGGGGUUGAUGCAGCAUGGUAUGGGUUACCUGGCAAUGUGUUUUAGUGUCUGUGUGUGAAAGUGUUAAUCUGUAUGUGUUUGUGUGCUUCUGGGGUUAUGGAUCUGCAGCAUUCAUGGAAAAAGACAACCUGGUCUCCAGGUAAAUUGAUUUUGAGACCCCUGGUUUACACCUUGGAUUUGUAAAAAAUAUGCAGGUGGAAUUGAACACAUUUCUGUUGGACAUUUAACUAAUUUUUACACACUGUUUAUAGUGUGUUUCAUUAUAAACUUUGAAGAACAAUUUUUUGUGUUUCUCAUAGAAACAGCUCUGCUUAAAAUAACAUAAGCACACUUUCAAAAAGCGAUCUCAAUAACGGCAAAUGAAAAAAAACAUUUAGCAGUAAGGUAAGCUCACUUUAAAUUACAAGCUCUCAGAGAUUUCUUUAUUCACAUUCACAUUGCUCUUUAGCACUCUCACUGAUACCCACUCUCACUGAUCCCCACUCACAUUGCUCUUCAGCAGUCUCAUUGAUUUAGCCCACUUUUAUAUCUUUGUUAAUGGUAAAAUCUCCUUACCGCCAACCAGUGCCACAGUAACACGAUUAAAAAAAAAAAAAUUAAAUUGUACUUAAAUGUAUAUUUUUAUUUCUACUUUAUGCAUGUUUAUGUUUUUAAAUUUUUUAAAGUUAAAUGUGAAAACAAAAAAAGUAAAUUGAAAUUACCUUUAACUGAUGAUUAAUGAGAUCCUUAACUGAUGCUGCAAGACUAAAUAUAUCUGGUUCGAUUUUCGUAAGGAACAAACAAAGGUCUCCUCCCAUUUUUUCCCCUUUAUUUUUAUUCCCCACCUUUUUUUCUAUUUUUGUGUGUGUGUGUGUGUGUGUGUGAUGUGACAAAAUGUAUCUUAAUGUCUCCCCCCUCCCAUCAUCUUACCUUUUGCCAGGGAAGGUAGACCUAAUGCUGCAAGCUUCAGUUUGACUCUCCUAUCCUCAUGCGAUAAAGCACUGCAUUUGAGCAUUGCCAUUGUAAUGUGCAGCAACCAGCCUGGUCGCAGGAGGAACACACUGGCUCUCGGGUCCUUCCUUCGCUCAACUUGAACGAGAGAUCUUUGAUCUCCUCACUGACCCAAGAGGGCUCACAGCAAGGCCUGUGCUGCAAAACCCGCCACAGCGAACCAUGAAAGCCUGAAUCGCCCACUAGUAAGCGAUAGGGACCAGGUUUACAAAUCCUACACUACGCUGAGCCAGAGUACUAACUCUGCACUGCAUCAUACAGAGGAAGAUUUUCUUUUACUGUGAGAUAAUUAGGUGGAAAUAUUUAACACCCUAACUGGCCCAAGCCGUAAAACAAUGCACCGAUGGAUUUUGACCCACUGAGCACAAAAUGGCAAUCCCAUUUGAAUUGAUCUCCUUUUUAGCUAGAUAUCCAAAAUCUGAAAUAUGGCAAAACCAUCUUUUAAAUUAACACAAUUCUGGGUCUUCUGUCAUUAUGUGAUCUGCAUUGUUACACAUAUAAAAAAAAUAUAUAUAGCAUACUUGUAGUACAAGUUUUAAUAUCAUUUAUACUUUUUUUUUUUUGUAGAUAUUUAUGAUGAUGAAAAGAAAAAGGAGAAGCCACUCCCCAGACUAAAUUUUCAUUCUGUGUUCUGGAUAUUGGCAGCUGCCUCACUCACGUACUAUGUUGAUUUUGUUCAAGUUGUUCAAGAUACUUUACAAGAAGGCUGGUAAGAUCUUGGAUUAAUGGCAGCUAUUAUCUGUAUAAGGCAGAUUGCAACUGAGCAAUAUUAUUUAUCAUUUAUACAAUGUUUAUUGUAACCGUGCAAUAUGCCUCUAUAAUUAUUUCACCUGUCAUCCAUAUAAUGCAGAUUGUAACAGAAAAAUAAAUGUCUUCUCCAAAAACUUCAUAGUCUCAGUAAUGCUUGUGUAAAUUAUACUCCAAACUUCGUAGUUGGUUUAAAGGAACUCUAUAGUCACCAUAACAACUAUAGUUUAAUGUAGUUGUUCUGGUGUCUAUAAUAAGUCGCUGCAGACUUUUUAAUGAUCACACUGUCUUUUUCAGAAAAAAGGCAGUGUUUAAAUUGCUCCCUGGGGACACCUCCAUAGGUGCUUCCUGGCUUGUGCAGCACUGACGUUCAGCGUCUUCAGGCUCUACAUGGAGACACUGAACAUUCCUUCUAGAGAUGCAUUGAUUCAAUUCAUAUCUAUGAGGAGAUGCCGAUUGCCCAGUGCGGUGUUUGGCCCUGUCUCCCCACCUCGCCACUCUGACUGAGAUCUUAAGAAUUGACAAACUCAGCCAAUCCAAUGCUUUCCCACGAGAAAGCAUUGGAUUGGCUAAGAUUGUCAAUUCUGAUGAUGUCAGCCAAGGAGGCAAAUUGAGGCGGAACCAGCGCCGGCGGACAUACAUGGUGCGUCGUAAAAGUAAGAUUUACAGCUAUUUAAGGGAAACAAUGAAGUUGCUCUUGUGUCUACUGCCUGUCCCUUCAAGCUUUUUAAUGUUAACACUGCCUUUUCAGAGAAAGGCAGUGUUUAUAUUGCUGCCUAGUAACUUUUCUCGUGGCAGUCAUUCAAAUAGCCACUAGAGGUCCUUCCUGGGUGAGUGCAUGUUCAGCAUCUCGACCCUCUGCAUGGAGGCACUGAUCGUUCAUCAUAGAAGUGCGUUACAUAAAUUACUUUACUGACCGGGGCGAGGAGCUAAAUUAUGUUUUCACAGCUUUAGUGAAUGAAUACAUGUAUGUAUGCCUAUCACUUUAGAGUUCCUUUAAUUGCCCACUGGUUUAAAGGGACUCUCCAGUGCCAGGAAAACAAACUUUUUUCUGGCACUGCAGGAAAACAAACUUUUUUCUGGCACUUUUUUUCCUGGCACUGCAGGUCCUCUCUCCCUCCCUCCCCCCCAUCCCAGGUUGAUGAAUGGGUUAAAACCCCUUCAGUGACUUACCUAUAUUCAGCGCCAAUGUCCCUCGGCGCUGGUUCCGGGUCUGCCCAAGCUCGGCGGGGGAGACUUAAUGCGCAUGCGUGGCAAAGCGCACGCGCAUUAGACCUCCCUAUAGGAAAGCAUUGAAAAUGCUUUCAAUGCAUUCCUAUGGGGAUUUCAGCGACGCUGGAGGUCUUCACAUAGUGUGCGGACGUCCAGCGACGCUAAAUGUGUGCUAUAAACUGGAAGUACCCUCUAGUGGCUGUCUACUAGACAGCCACUAGCCACUCCAAUAGGCAGAAGUGGUCUGGAUGCCUGGAGUGUCCCUUUAAUAAGGGUUCAGCGCUCCAGAAAUUCUCCAUUCUGUUGGGAGAGCAGGAAAACUUGUACCAUUGGUGGAACAGAAAUCGCUUGCUCUGAAUAACAUGCCUAUUUACUGAUAGGUUGGAAUAUAAUGUCUGUCUCGUUGUAAUAGAGCAUGCAAAUGCCUGUAACAGUAGAGAGUUCAAAAGGUUGAUGGGAAGAGAGAUAGAUCUAUGCCACUGGAAGCACUAAUCUCCAAAUUCCUUUUAUUAAUCUUUGGAUUUGCUGAUCUCUUACUAUCUUGUACUUUCUCCAGUUCUCUACAUUACUUAUUUUUUUACAUUUCCAAACUUGAUUAAUUUACUAAUUCCUAUUUAACAUUUAUAUGUUACAAAUGAUGUUCCAAUUUUUGCAGUUGGUGGUUUUACACUGGGACUUUUACGCUAGCUGCCAGUUUAUCCAUUGCAUUGUAUUGCAUCAUUUAUCUGGAAUGGCAUUGUGGGUUCAGUGAUUAUGAUACAAGGUAUCCUGCGUUAGUUCCCAUCGCAAUAACUACUUUUAUAGCCACAGCGAUCUGGUGAGUGCACACAUGUUAAUAUGUUUGUUUGUACCAUGCACAAUUUUCAGUCUGUUCUCAUUCACGUUAAGCCUCCAUUAAAUAUCUGACGAAUAGUCAUUGUUAAUUAGGUCUUUCUCUACAGCCCAUUCUGCAUGUUUUUCUUCAUUUUAUCAUAGAGUUUACCAAACUAUUGCUAGGAGCGCAUGAGGACUAGACUGGGAUCCACUCUAUAUUGUAAGAUUGCAGCAUCUAGACUGUCACUAAGGGGAGAAGCUGACAGCGUCUGUUGCUGCGAUGUGCGUGCUGGCAAGAGACAUAUAUUUUCCACAAAAUGAACAUUAAGUAUCCUAAAACAGAAGUUUGCCUAAGUCAUAUGUGCUGAGGGUGCAAGUACCCCAUAGCAAAAAGCUCUAAUAUCUCAUUUCAAGCUGAGAUUCUGCAUAUACAGAUUCCUUUGUUUAUGACCACUUCUAAAAGCAUAAGUGGUCAUGAAUGUUGGAGUUACCCUUUAAGACGUGCAUUGACCUUUAAGUCCUGUAUUUCACCCUUGGUUUGGAGCAUAUUUACUUUGUAUAAAGAAAUGUUAUUAAUCAUACGUGGGAGGUAUAUGCGAUAUAAAUGUGUAUGUCAUUAUAUAUUUACAUAGCUUUAUGUCUAUAUUUUGUUUUCAAAGCUACAAUGUUUCCCUAUGGUCAACAUGGUCAUUUUUUACUCCGUUGUUACUUUUUACUCAAUUUAUGGGAGUUGUGAUGCUGGUUUCUCUACUUGGUUGAACCCAUGAAGGUAAGAAUGUAAAAAUAUUUUUUAACAAUUUCCUGCCCUUCUCUAAAUAUCAGGUUAUAAAAACCAAAACUUUGUGUCUGUGGUGUAUUUUUGCUUCAUGCAUUUGGGGUGAUGAAUGGUAUAAGAAUUAUUGCUGUAUAAGAGUAGUGGGAGUUUACGUACAAAAUGCAUGUCUGUGUGAUUUUAAUCACUAGAAUAUGUAGUUGGCUAUAGAUACUGUGUAUUGGAUGUUCCCACCAACAGAAUAUCUGCGAUAGACCCCCAUUUACAGGUAGAUUUUGGUGGCACUGGUUUAUCUAAGCCCAGAUGCUAUGUUUGAAGUUAAUUGUCUUUGAUUUGACAAGUGUACAUAUGAUGCAGAAUAAUUUAGUGCCAGAAGAUCUGACAAGCCAAGAGAGUUACAGGUAGCCAAUUAAUCUCCUUCAUAUAAUCCCUUGUGUGCUUAGGCUCUGUUUACAAGGUAGAAUGCAACUUUUCCUUACUUACCCAAGCCUUACGAACAAGGUGAACAUACUGAUGUGAUGCGCCUUUCAAUGGAUCAGCUUCAUCCAUGUUGCUUAGGGACUUGUCAAUUUGCUGAAUCAUUUUAUGUACCCUUGCAUCCUAAAAAUGAGCUGUAACAACAAAUUGUAACCAUAGAGCUUUCGAAAGACCUAUGAGCAGAGAACACAUACUGGACUUUUCCUAUGUACUCUAGCCUGUGAAGUGGCUAAAUCACCUGACAUUGAGCCACACAGAUGGGCUACAGCACUCACAGGAUCAUGGGAAAGAUGAUUCAUGGCUUUUUUGGGGUCAUUGGAAUUGGGUUCUAAAAAAAAUAGGCCUAACUCUUGAAACUGUUUUAAUGUUUACUCUUAUCGUGUUAAUUUUGUGCAGAAUAUUCCUUUUUGUCAAAUAAUCAGACUAAAAAUACUAUUUUUUUUUUUUACUAAUUGGGAGAUGUGGUUUAAAACCUGUAUGAGUUACUUAGUAUUUUUAUUGUCUUUUUUUUCCCUCUGUAGUUACUUAUGUACUGAUGAAGACUUGAAGUGGAGUGGAGAUGCAGUCUGCUUUUUGUUAAGCUUUCUAUCACAGAUACAUAUUUGGCAUGGCAUGAAAAGGACUAGAAUUUUGUGAAUUACCUAACGCAAUAAAAAUCUACAUCAUUUAGUUUUUUUGAGGUGCAUAUAUCUUGUGUACUUAACACAGGUGAUUAUUCUCAGAGCUGUAGAUGAACCUGGUAUCAUCCUUGGAACAUGCCGCAGGAGAAACAUAUAUUUAUGUAUCCAAAUGGUUAAAAAGUAAAUUGAUAGUUAUCUCUACUACUAUGCACCCAUUUGUUGUUGAGAUUCUAUUUUGAUGUAUUGUUGAAAUUAGUAUGUUCUAACAAAACGUCACUGUUAAUGUCAGUGUAACAUGCAUUACUUCUAUGAGAACUGUUGAUCUGGAAUGCGUCUGUCACAUCAUUGACAAGUUCUAAGCUUCGCAAGUGCUCUUCAGAAUGAAUGAUACAGAAAUGAACACAAGAUGCCUGAAAAGUAAAAUAGAUGAUUCAAACUGAUUGUACAGGGUUUUUUUCUCCCUACAUUGUUAAUAAAAUGUGGUUUGAUUUUCUUAUAAAACUUUUGAAAGUAUAUCUGCUAUUUUUUUUAAUAUGUAUAUGAUUUUACUGACUGUGUAUAGUUGCCAGCCCAGAUCCUAAUCAAAUUCAUUAUUUUCAAACAGUAACCAAAAUAAUCUAGAAAAGUGAAAUUGUACUUAAAACAUGUUACAGGCUUAAAUAUGCAUUUAUUUAAUACUGCUUAUUAUACAUGAGUGCAAUAAAUUAGGGGACUAAUGGGAUCAGGGCUUAAAAUUUGCAGUCCUAUGCUUCUAGCCAGAUCUUAAAAAUAAUUAGUCACUGCAAGCCAUAGCAGUACACUAGCCAGGGCUACAUUUUCACUUGCCAAUGACUAGUUGACAGUGUAAAUAUUGAGCCCCGAAUAAGGUUAAUAACUAAACUUGGAAUAUCGGAAAAUUGACAUUUUGGGCCAAAAUAGCUGAAUUGGAAAUAUUCACAAACUCUGAUUUAUUUUGUGCUUGGCUAUUUAUGCUUUAUAAUAUGCACUUCCUUUCCCCUCUUCUCAUACUCCUUAAACCUUGUAUGGAGCACAUUUAGAGCCUCAUUAGUGGCUCAAGCAGGUUGCCCGAUACAUUAACCUGCAUUGACUGACUCAUUUUUAUAUGAAAAGGAUAGAGUGUUGUAGAUAGUUUCUAUGCACAUAUUCCCAUAGCAAGCUAAAGCUGUGUGUUAGUAUGGAGCAGUGAAAAGAUUUCACUGGGUGACAUUCACUGCUGACUCCAUGUAUACUAAUAUUGUCCGUAUGUAUCACCCAGCCUGACUAUGCAGUGGAGAGUUUAAAAUGUGUAAAUACAAAUAGACUGUGAAAUAUAAGGUGCUUAAAAAUAUUAUAUUAGAGUACAGAACCCAAUUAGAAUGAGCAGCUCAACACACGUGUAGGUACCUCUAACCUUAACACAAGUACAUGCAAGAGUGUGGAGUAAUUUCAGUGAAACAGAAUUGUCACAACAAACCCACCCAGUGGAGCGCUAUUAGAAAUAACUUAACCGUAUAAUAAGGGGUACAAAUAUAAGAUGUAAUAAAUAUCUGGAGAAAGAGAUAAAUGGAAACAAUUUGGUGCAGUAUAUCCAAAACUUUAUAGGUGGUUAAAAAGAUCAAAUGUAGCAAACUCACAUGGCUUAGAGCCUUAGGAGGAUAGGCUCAAGUCACAAGGGCGAGGGUAUUUAAAGAGAAUACCAAACUUCUUCUAUAAUAACAUCCAGGUACUCAGAAAGCAGAGAUAAAAUAGGAACAAAGUCCUAGUGUAUUAUACUUUAAAAUAAAUAUCACAAUAUUGAUUGGUGCAAGUACUUGCUCACCUUAUUGAGAGCCAGAGAUAACUGGUCUCUCAGUGUAAUCAGCAAUGUGCCUUUAAGAGGGCACAACUCUUUUUGUAAAGCAGGAAAAUGAUGCUGCAGCUCAUAAGACUCAGUUCAAAAUAAAAACAAAUUAUAAACAUAUAUAAAAUGUAGAAAUAAAAAUACCAUCUAAUAAUGGUCAGUUAAAAUUACAUUUGAUCUUUUUAACCACCUACAAAGUUUUGGAUAUACUGCACCAAAUUGUUUCCAUUUAUCUCUUUCUCCAGAUAUUUAUUACAUCUUAUAUUUGUACCCCUUAUGAUAAGGGUAAGUCAUUUCUAAUAGCGCUCCACUGGGCUUGUUUUGUUGUGACAAUUCUGUUUCACUCAAGUUUAAAAUGUGUAUCUGCAAAUAUCUCAAUCUGUUUUUUAAAGUUCAGAUGGUAACCAAACUUUAAACUUUAUUUGUACAAAUCAUAAUCUUAAACUACAUCACUGAAAAUGUAAGUUUAAUGAAAAGGGCAUAAGUGCAUGUUAGUUGCCUAACUAAUUGUUAUUGUUGCAUUUAUAUCAACCAUGUAGAAGUAUGUAGUUAAGUUUUUCUUUUUUAAUUGCAUUAGUUUUCCUGUGAUUUGAUUUAACUAUUUUUAAACAUAUUUUUAAUUUGCAGACAUUAGUUUUCCUGUGAUUUGAUUUAACUAUUUUUAAACAUUUUAGAAAAAAAAAUAUAUAGAAUAUAAAUAGAUGGUGGGUUUUUUUUUUAAUACAAAUAUGUCUUAUCUUACUGAAGUUUUACUUUAUCUAUGUCAUACCUCUGCCUGCUGCACAGCACUAUAGGCUUCAGUGUGAGUCGCGUGGCAUACUCAAUGUCAGAUGCGCGUCAUUCACCCGCUCUACGUUCUGCACGUCAACGAUCUCGCAUGGUUGCCGGGUAACAUGGCAACCUAGCGCAGCCUACAGGAAUCGCUAAAGUUACAGGCCCCUGUAAUUCCAAGUCCAUUUAUAACAAAAGUUAUAAAGGUCAUCUACCCUUCUCAGGUCACAUCCCUUUAUGUUAUUUGGUGCAGGCUGAUUUUUUAAAUUUAUUUUUUAUACACCCGGCUUUGUAGUGACCAUUCUGUUAUUUUCUGUCCUUGACACCGGCCUGUUCAAUUGUUUUAUGAGUACCUCUGGAAUCCUUAACCUUGACUUAUAUACUGAUUCGACCUAUCUAGGGCACACAUUAAGCCCGGCCACUCUAAGGUCCGGUAUACGUAUCUUGCUCUUUCUAUCUCCUUAUUGUAACUACUGUUUCCCUGUUCUCUGUGUGUAGGGGUUACCCCAUCCUGACAAUCUCAUUGCUUUGACAUUCAAAAUCAGGAUAAUACACUGGAUUUUUUUAUUAAGCUGCUUUUAAUGACAAAUAAGAAUUUCUCAUUAUGGCAAGUAGGAUACUUGCCAUAAAUUCUUAACUUUAAUGAGGUCAUGCUAAUCCUGUAAGGAUAUUAUAUUCGGCUAGUAUCUCAAUAUAUUGUACUUAGUAAUUGUUAUUUAAUCCAAAGGUUUAAAUGAAGAGUGGCUCUUACCUCAUUGUCUUGAUAAUUGCCAGCAUGUCUAGGUAUCCUGACUCUGCAAAUCAACAAAAAAAGAUUCUCGAACAGGGGCCCAUGUACAGAUGGUAACAAUGGUUCAGUUUAAAGUGUGCAAUCCAAGGUAUUGAUUCAUAUUGAUGUUUGUGUUGUCUAGUAACAUUAUGUUUUAGAUACAUGGCUUUUAGAAAUAGUAUAGGUAAAGAAUGUGAGCGUGAAGAGUUGACAAUUAAAAAGAUUAAGAUACAUUAACUCUAGUUAUGACUCUGCAAUAGUGUUUUUGAUUUCUUCUUAUUUCUGUUAAUCUAAAGGGCGGGUUCCUGACACAUGCACGUAACCUGUUAAAGGAAAUCUGUAAAUUAUUAAAUGGUAAGCAAAGAUAAGUGGUUUAUAUAGACUGAUUUAUACUUCAUUUCAGUUUAUCUUCAAAAUCCAUUUCAAAUUUUUAAAAAUUCUCUCUGGGAUGUCUUUCCAGUUGGAUAUCACCAUAAUAAAAGGUACUAUCCGCCGAGCACAAGAUCUUCAACCCGACAUCAAGAAGGGACUGGCUGAUUGUAUCCUUUGUAAGAGAUCAGACACACUCAAACAGAAGUAGGACAAGGUGAGGCCUACAGGACAGCUACAGCUGAUGGUUAAGAACCAAGAUAACGUUUGGGAGUACUGGAGACCAUAGCAGCCCUGGUAGCUUUACUCAGUUAUUUUCCAGACUCUCUCCUUUUUAAAAGAAGAAAAACUACCACAACAAGAGGACAUAGUCUUAAAUUAGGGCAAAGGUUUAAAAAUAUCAGGAAGUAUUACUUUACUGAGAGGGUAGUGGAUGCAUGGAAUGCCUUCCAGCUGAAGUGGUAGAUGUUAACACAGAAAAGGAGUUUAAGCAUGCGUCGGAUAUGCAUAAUGCUAUCCUAACUAUAAGAUAAGGCCAGGGACUAAUGAAAGUAUUUAGAAAAUUAGCCAGACUAGAUGGGCCGAAUGGUUCUUAUCUGCCGUCACAUUCUAUGUUUCUAUCUGCUAGAAUAGUUUGAUAGGUGCACUCUGAAGAUGGUAGCAUUAAAAUAAUUCAGAUUCUCUUUUUAUGGAUUUCUUCAUAAUCCACAGUGAGUGUGCAACAAAGCAAAAAAAUACAUGCUUCAUAGCUUAUAUGUUCUUAGAGCUUUUCUCCCAGAAGUUGUGUUAUAGAUGGGGCACAUAGCACUCUAAAGACCAAAACUUGCCUCUAGAGGUACACCAAGAUACUUAAUUCCAUGCAUUAAUUUUUACAUCACCAAAGAGACUGUUCUGAGGUUUGUGCAAUCAGACAGUCCUAGUGUUAAUUGUAAUAGGCAGAAAAUCUAUGCAAAUGUUUUACCUUCCACUUUAGCACAAAUUAUUCCUGAAGCCGAUCACUUUUGUACUAUUUUCUUCAAUAGGACUUUAUCUGAUGAGGCCAAAGGGGUGUGAGUUCCAACACCAUCCUGUGCCAAUCACCACUAAGCAAAUCAAACACUAGAAUACUAUCCGCACCCACCAUCUUGAUAACCAUAGAGAGUAACUCCAUUCUACUCAUCCAUGCUGUUAAGUGAUUAUUUUUAAAUUAAAUUUUUCUCUUGUUUUGGGUACAACUCUCCAUUUUUUAUUUCAAUUUAAUCAUGACAUAGGUAAUAACAUACUGUAUGAAUGCGAGUGUGGUAGUUCCUUGGCACCACUUAUAUUUUACCAUCGGUAGUAUAAGUGCCGUGCCCCAAUGGCUUGUUACUUCUACAUUGAUGUAAACUCUUAUAAUGCUUUCUUUUCAUUGGAAUCCAUAGUUAUUGUCCCUGUACCUAGAUGGAUAGUUUUUUUUUCUUUGAGGAUGACUCUGCCUCCUUCCUGGGAGACAGUAUUUCUUUUUCUCUUACUUGGUGGCUUGCUCUAGUCUGUGUUUAUGGUAUUUUUUAUUUAUUUAUUUUCUUCUCUCGCUUUUGAGACUGGAUCUAAGGUAAUUGUUAACAUUGAGUCACAAAUUUGUAUUGAAAUUGGAGCCAAUUGGAGAGAAGAAAGCAUCACGAGGCAUCAUCAAAGCCUUUCACAUUUGGAAACCCGGGUACAUAGACUAAGAUAUAUUGGAAUACAUUGCCCUAAAUACUGAAUUGGCAGAUAAGUUAAAUGUUGUAGUCAAAGGCUUACUUUAGCAUACUUGGUUGUUCUUGUUUUGCUAUGUAUGCUGUUGAUACAUUUGCUCAUAGUUAGAAAACCUAUAUUGGUUUGUAUUUAGAUUUUGGCAAUCCUCAGAAGAAACCAGAAAACAUUACCUUAUAAAGAAUAAAUUGGAUUUAUUCUCUAGUUUCUUUUUCUUUUGAAAGUUAUGAAUUAUUGGCUGUCCUUUGUAGAUUUCUUUAAUGUAUUGGUAAUGAAUAUAUACUUACAAUAGCCAUUUCAUAAUUUGCUGAAACAUUUAUUUUUGAAGUUGUGGUCCAUGAUGACAUCAUACAGUUCCUGCAGAUUUGUUGGCUUCAUGUUGUGAAUAUCCCCUGUUCCACCAGUGGAUAUUGUUCUUUUGGAUUAGGAUCUGGCACAGUGGAGGCCAUUUGAGUAUACUAAACCCAUUGCCAAAUAUGUGGAACCAGCUUGAGAGGGCAGGCACUUUGUGACAUAACCCAUUAUCCUGUUGGAGGUAGCCAUUAGAAGAUAAGUAGACUAUUGCUAUAAAGCAGCAUGGGCAGCAAAGAUACUCAGGUUUUGACAUUUAAAGGAAGACUCCAGGUACAUAAAGAACUUCAGCUUGCUGAAUUGCUUUGUGUUUGGAGUCUGCCAUAUAUUCGUGACCAUUUAUAAAAGUACUGAUUUCAAUAGAAAUCAGUACUUUUAUAAAAGUUCACCGAAAGGGAUGCCAUAUAACCUCUACAAUCUUUUUCCUGUCAUAUAAUGGCAGUACACAAAUGGGAUUUACUUUCUCAAUGGGACAAGUAGUCUGCAAGAUAAAUUCAUAAAUAAAACAAAAGUGCAUCCUAUUUACUGUAUAAAAACCCCUCUAGGCAAUACCAAAGAGAUUUGGUGAAAUACAGGCACUUUCUUCUUCGGAAGAUUUCACUAUUUUUCAUCUGGAUAAAGUAAUCCUACACUUAACGCCUUCAUUUUUACCUAAGGUUCUUUCCAAAAGCAGUUAACCAACCUAUUGUCCUGCCUUCUUUUUGCAGUUUCUGCCUCUUCAGCCAAGGAAAUUGCAUAUGUUGGAUAGUUGGAGAGUCUUAUAGAUCUACCUGAUUUGAUCUUCAGCUUUGAGGAAUUCGGGUCAUCUCUUUAUCAAUUUCCAAGGGAACUUUUGUGGAAAAGAAGACAAAUCGAUUACUGAAACUAUAAAAUGGUCAUAUGGUGCCAGUGAAUCUCCCGUUGCAAGUUUCACUUAAAGCUCACUCUACAUGGGCAAUGGCUAUCUCUUGGGCAGAAAGAUCUAAUGCUUCACCAGAAGAUAUUUGCAGGGUAGCUACCUGGUCAACUUUGAACACCUCGAUUAAGCACUACAGACUAGACAUUUUCUCAUCCUCAGAGGCUGCUUUCGGGCGCAAGGUGUUUCAGGCUGUGGUAUUAUAGGUACCAAAUAUCCAAUUUGUAUACUGCCACCAUAUGACAGAAAAUACUGAAAAAAACUAUUUACCGUAAAUUCUUUUUUCCUUAAUAUGGUGUAAGUAUAGUUUUCCCUACCAAUAUUUUGAUAAUUUACAUUUGACAUUGAGUUUGACUCUCAUACUCUUGUUAUGAACUGAUGUGGUAUUGCCUAGAGAGGUUUUUAUAUAGUAAGUAGGAGAGACUUUUGUUUUAUUUAUAUAUUUAUUUUGCAGACUACUUUUCCAUUGAGAAAGUACAUUCCAUUUGUGUAUUGCCACCAUAUUAAGGAAAAAAGAAUUGACCGUAAAAUGUUUUUUUUUCUCCUAUUUCAGUAAAUGAUGUACAACUGAAAACUUAAAUUAUGCAUUUUACAUAGAAACUUAGAAUGUGACGGCAGAUAAGAACCAUUCGGCCCAUCUAGUCUGCCCAAUUUACACAAUAAAAAUUUUGAAUCUGUCUGAACAGAAAUCAUUACGUGAAAUUGCUGCUUUUCCCAUUUGAAUGCUAGCUCUGAAUUCCGUGUUAGCAAAUGUAAUUAUAUGUUUAAACAAGGAAAAAAAAACAUAGAAAAAAAACUUUUUAAAUAUGUAAGGAAAAUAAAAAAAAUCUUGUAUGAGUAAAAUAUUACAAUGACACAAGUACACUCAAAUUGGAAUGGAAAAAGAAUUGUCAAGGGUAGAUAAAUAUAAUUUUUUUUCUUAUGGGAAUAAGGUAUUAAAUUGAAAUAAGUCAUGCAGAGUUUUGUAAUAAAUAUUGCAGAAAAUCUUAUAUACAAAGCAGGUACGUUCAGCCUCAGUGAAUAUCUGUAAAAGUAAAUUUUAUGGUGUGUGCAUCAAGUGAUUUCAAAGAUUAAAGACUCAUUAAACUCUAUUCACAAUGUUCGGCAGAUAAUAGAUGCAGUCUCCGUUUCCGGCAUAAUAUAUAUGGAGAAGUAGAUAAUGUCGGUUAAAAGUAUGCUAAGUACACAUGACGGAUUGUUAAUUGAUGUCACUGUCAAAAAACAAACAUAAAGUUAUGUCCUGUCAUUAGAGAUGGGGACCAUUUGGCAUUAUGUAUGGUUAUAGGCAGCUAUAUUUAACAAUUAUGAUAAUUACAAGAUCACUGGACACAAUAAUGAGUCAAUAGCAAAUCGCUGACAUUUUUAGAGGUUAAUGGAAAGUUUAAAAUACGUAAGGGCAGUGAAUGUAUCAAGUAAAUAUAUAGAAGUCAACAUACUUUACAAUAUCAUUAAAAAAAAUCUAGACGCAUAUGUUGGGAUUUACCACUGCAUGAUUAUAUAAAUAUACAUAAUAAUGAUAUAAUAAUCUGUACCUGCCAAAAUGUGAAUCAUUCACUAAAAUAUAAAAGUAUAAGUCUUUAAUUGUCAGCAUUAAAUAUUAGAUUGAUAAACAGCUUGUCUGUUUUCAUGUAUGGCUAUUUGUAUCCUCACUGUCAACUUAAAAGGGACUAUAACAGUACAACUAUCAAAAUAGUAAAAGAAGGUUGCAAAGAAAGGUCAGGCACACCCAGAGACUUUCAAGAAGACCUAUGAUUGGAGAUUGCAACUAGGGCUGAUCUAGGACCAAUGAAAGAAAGUGAUAAGGGGCAUGCCUUGUGAUUUGUCUUGUAAUUCUGAAUGAGAUUUACAGUGGAUCAAUGCAAACUAGUGCGAGAAGUACUUGAUUGUAUCAAUGAAACAUGGGAUGGAUACGAGCUGCAGUUCAACCAAAUGCUAAAAAAGGGCUACAAGAUACAUAGAUUUGCUGAAAUGUUGUCAUUGUUAUUAACUAUGUGAGUGCAAUAAAUUCUCUGUUUUAAUAUUGCCAUUUGCCAAAUGAUCUGCACUUUUGAUGUUCAUGUGUUUUUCCUGAUUUCUGUUUGGUUACUGUUGGGAAACAGUGGUCUUUUGUAAGCAAAAGAAAAAUUAUCUGCAGGGAAUUGUGAUUACAUCAUUUGAAAGUUGACUCUAAGUCUUUAAUGGGAAAAGAAUAUCAGAUUAAAAACACAUUUCCAUUUGCUUGUAACUGUUUCAUUGACACACUAUUUAUGUUUGCAUGUGUCAAUUAGCUUUGCAGUUCUUAGGGUGCUAUGUAUACUACUCUAGUUUUCUGAUCUCUUCAGUCUAGUGCAGUACCACACAGUGCCACUACCUGGCUAUGGUGCUGUUGCAGGCUGCUGCACCAAGACUGAUAAGCUCUAUGUCCCCUGCUGGCCCUACUUGCACCUAUGUUCCCCUGUUUAGUCUAGCCUUCCCCUUUUUUCUGUUGCAAGUUUAUUUUAUUUGUUCCCGCACCAGGAGGCCUUGCUCCCUGUGUCCCGCACAUGGAGGUUCCACUAUACCCAUAAUUUUUUACAUUCGUGUUAUUGGGUUUGUAAGAUCUCCAGUGGAUAGCAAAUCUUCUUUGUAUUUCUGCUUUGGUGUAUGGUUUCUAUAUUUUUAUUUAAAUAUUUCACCAUACAUAUUCAUACAUUAUAUUAUUUAUUAAAUGUGUGAGUAAUUGUUAGUCAUAUAGCCAAAGGAUACAUCAGACUAUGUAGCUAUGAAAUGGAUGAGAACCAGGCAGAGAAUUCCGCUUAUUUAUUGGUCUUACUGUAAAAAACACUUUCCUUUGCCUUAGAUUCAAUCCCAUUUCUUCCAGUGUAAAUGGGUGACCUUGUGUCCUAUGUAUAGUCGUAUUAAUAAGUAGAUUCCAGACAAUGGUUUGUAUUUGACCCAAAUAUGUUUGUAUAAUGCUAUCAUUAUUGGCUGUCUAAGAAUAUACAAUUAUCAGGCCGUCUAAAAAGAUAUAAUUGAAGAAACUUGCAACAUAGCCAGUUCAGAGAAGACAGUGUAUUUUGAAAUAAUUAUAUUUUGAAGACAGAAUAGUUGGAAACAAUGACCGUAUUUUCUGGCGUAUAAGACGAGUGGGCGUAUAAGACGACCCCCAACUUUUCCAGUUAAAAUAUAGAGUUUGGAAAUUACUCACCGUAUAAGACUACCCCUCUUCCAACGCACACCAAAUAAAAAUUAAAAAAACAUCAGAUUUGAUUUCAAUAUGGUAAUUUUAAUUCAAAUGCUUAUGACAUGCAGGCACUUGGCAGGAAAACUGUCACUUAUAAACAUAAGGCUGUUGUCAUCAAACAUGUAAACAUAAAACAGUGCAAGUGGAUUAAACAUUUCCUAAUUCACUCUAAAGCUAAAAGGAAGGAUAAGACAAUAAACCCAUGGGAGCUGCCAUGCUGUUUGUUUUCUAAGCUGUCAACCAAACUGGAACUGAUGAUGAUAGGAGGAAGAUAGCAAACAAUAGAGAGAGAGCAAGUCCCUGGCGAGUUAGCAACGCCCAUCAUAACUGCAAACCACUGUAUUUUUACAGGUUUUGCUGGCGUGACCGUUUCCCUUUAAAAGCCUUCAAAAUCCUCCUGUUCGUCAUCUGAUAUCAUAAGUACAUCAAUGACAUCUUGUGAUACAUUUGUAAGGCAGUCAUCGUAUGGAUCGAAUUCUGUAUCAGAUGGUGUGGUCUCAGCUUCGGCUUCCUCUUCAUCUUGCCACAAGUAGUCGUCCUCCAUACCAUCUAAUGAAUUUGAUAUGCCACACUUCUUGAAAGACUUGAUUACUGUUUCUGCAUCAAUAUCAUUCCAGGCUUUUAUGACAAACUUGCACAAAACAUCCAACUGUGGAGCACGCAUGUUUCCUCCUUUUGUGAAUGACUUUUCGCCGCUAACCAUCCAUUCAUUCCACUGUUCUCGAAUGCGAUUUUUAAAUGGCUUGUUUAGGCACACAUCCAGUGGCUGUACCAACGAUGUCAAUCCUGCAGGAAUAACUGCCGCAUCUGUGUUUAGUCUUGCAAGCCUUUGCUUGGUGCUGGGAGUUAAAUGAGCCCUAAACAUAUCCCACACCAAUAGACUAUGUUUUUGAAUAAGUCCACCUGGUCGCUUGCUCCAUACAUUAUCAAGCCAUAGCUUUAUAACUUCUUCAUCCAUCCAGCCUUUUUCAUUCACAUGUACAAAACAACCAACAGGGAACUUGAGUUUCAGCAUUGUUUUUCUUUUAAAAAUAAUCAUUGGUCUCAGUUUGGAGCCAUCAGCUGUGCAUCCUAGUACCACUGUAAAACUGGACUUCUCAUGUCCUGUUGUUUUAAUUAAAAUAUUUUUUUCACCUUUUUGAUGGACAGUUUUAUUUCCAACCAUAUCAAAAUUCAUUGGAGUUUCAUCCAUAUUUCCAAUACUACUUAACGCAUAGCCAUGUUUAGUGCGCUGCUGUAUUACGUAUCGAUGGAAACUAUGUACUUUGCUAUCAAGAUCUGCAGGUAAUUUCUGGGCAAUUUUCGUCUUUUGCCUCAGUACCAUAUUAUGCCUUCCCAUGAAUCUGGCCUUAAAUCUGUUACUGUGAUCUGGGUUAGAUUUGGCCCACUGAAGUGCAAACAAACAUAUUUUAUUUCGUGUCACUACAUAACCGUUUUGGCGAUGCUCAUUCACCAUGUCUGCUACAUGUUUUUCGAGUUCUGGCCAAUGUGGGGUGCCUCUUCUUAAUGCACACUUACCCCUUGGCAUCCUCUUUAAUGCUUUUUCAUUUGCUUUCCAAUCCCGAACCAUCUUUUGUUACUCCAUAUUGUCUUGCAGCAGCGCAGUUAUUAUGUUCCAUGGCAAAGUUUACAACUUUAAGUUUGAAACUGGCUUCAUAUUUAUUUCUUCUUGCUGGUGGAGCCAUGAUGGGGUUUUGACUGAUGGACAUUUGUAUACUCCACUGUAUGUACUGUAUUUACUGUAUGUACUGUAUUUACUGUACUGGUACUGUACUGUAUGAACAGGUACAUAUACUGGUACUGUACUGUAUGAACAGGUACAGAUACUGGUGCUGAACUGUAUGUGGUACCCAGUAUAACUAAAACAGAGCUGACCAAAACAACCAGCCAAUCACGACAAGUGAUGUACCUUACCGGCGAUUGGCUGGUUGGAUUGGUCAGCCCUCCCUGUCUCCAAGACUAUGGAAAACAUGCCUCUUUCACUGGUCUGGCCCGCCCUUGUAUCCUAUUACCCUACCUCCUUCUCUGCCUCUCAGAUCUUGCACAUGCGCGCCUGCGCCACUUCACUGCAGAUCUGAGAUCUCGCUCCUACGGACUGCAGUGAAUCGGUGCAUGUGCGAGACCUUAGAGGCAGAGAAGGAGGUACGGUAAUAGGAUACUAGGGCUUCUUCUACAGCGCCGCCCUUGCUGCUUCCAUAAGGCGGGGAUGCGGCCGCUGCCUUUUUUGAGCUCCCCCACCAUAUGCAGCGACGUAAUGGCUGGCUGUGGUAACUUCCAGCCAUAAGACGAUACCCAGUGUAUAAGACGACCCCCGACUUUUGAAAAGAUUUUCAAGGGUUAAAAAGCCGUCUUAUACGCCGGAAAAUACGGUAGAAUAAUCAGAUGAAGAGUAUGGGGCUGUGCUGUUGAUAUUCUUUAGUGAAUUGCCAAAUGUUUUCCCUGUAGAUUCUGUACUAACAAAGUGUAAGUCUCAAAUUCCAUUUUCAUUAACUCUUUCCUUUGCUUUGUGUAAACAAAAGUGCAAUUGCGUACAAUAUGUGUUUUGGUAUUGCUUUCCAUUGAAUAACUUUAGCAUUUGAAAUGAAAUGAGGCACAAAAUGUGUGUUCAUUACCAUUUACAUAUGGUAUGAUUAAACUUUAAACCCUGGCUUAUAGAACAUUUUGUCAAAAUUGCUUUGAAUGUGGGCGUGUUAUAACUAAGUGAAUAACCUUGUGAGUUGCUAAUGAAUUUAACUUUUCUCUUUUUAAUUGAAACUAUGUUUGUAACGCUUACAUCAGCUGAUGAACAUAUUAUAUUAUUAAAGUAUUACUGUAACUAGUUUUUGACAGUUUUGUUUUUUUAAUGAGUAAUGCCCUAUUGGGCAUUAUUCUUUUGCCGCCCCAAGCCCAUAAACUCUGAGAUAAUGCUUUGAAGUGACGCUAAAUGUUACCUGAAUCCACCACCAGGUAAUGCUCCUGGCACAGCUUUCCUUUCUGUGUCUGGCAUCAUGGCAGCAGUCACAAGUUCCAGUCAUAGACUUCUCAUAGAGAAGGCUUUAUUUGGACUUUUUAACCUGCUCAGUGUGCAUGCGUAUGCUCUGAACUGGCGAGGGGAAGGAAGAAAGGCGCUUAAGCAAUAAAACAAAAGAUAAUGGAGAGAGGGUUAGAGGGGAGGCAAACGCUUCCCUUUAUAGGCUCUACAAUAGUGGAGAAGCCAAUUAUGUCCAUUGCCAGGGUGUGCUUACAGACAAGUGAAAUUUUGGCUUCUAAAGUCACAUGUCUAUUGUGCAAAUAUCUCUGCUGAAGGUUGUUUCAGAAGAAACAAUAUAAGACAAGGUAAUACAAGAGAGCCUUCCUGAGUAUUUACUAUAUUUAUUCAGGGCCUUGUCCCCUCUGUGCCUGUAGAGGAGUGGUGCACAGGCCAAGCAUGCAGAAUUCCUAAUCCCCUAAACCUUCCCAAGUAUUUGCCCAGAGAUAUAAUGGUGUGCUGCAAUAUUAUAAGAAAGCUUGCUGCAUUCUAAGACCCAUUCUAAAGCCUCUCUGUGUUCCCAGAUCUAUCUUCGGUGACCACGGCAAAGUGAAGAGAGUUUGUAGGAAUAAAGAAGACACUCCGAUCCAACAGCAUGCCAUACUGUUGCGGAUACACCACCAAACUGCUCCUGUGGAGGAAUGGGAUCCUGAAAGUGUUCAGCACACUGGCAGAUGGCGAGGCUGA